ACCUCAAGAGUCCUCCACCUCGCAGGACCGACCACUCGAGGGUCUGGAUGAGGCUCUGACCCUCCAGGUGUAGACAGCAGUUGACUAGCUCCCUGGUGUAGACAACACUGCUCAGACAAGCACCUCAGAUGGGAAGAUCUUAGGAGACUCACCGUGUCCCAUGCCUCACGUGCUCUCAGAGGCCCCGGUCCAGGCCCCGUUGGUGGAGGGAAGCGUUCUGCUCCUGGUCUCUCCUGUGGGGGUCUCCAGGAGAGAGUGCGGGGGGUCACCAGCACCUUGCAGAUGGGAGGAAGCCCAGACAUCUGUCUCUAAGAUGUUGUUGCCUCUGCUGCUGCCCCUGUUGUGGGCAGGGUCCCGGGCUCAGGAGAGGAGAUACUGGCUGCAGGUUCUGGAGUCACUGGUGGUGCAGGAGGGUCUGUGCGUCUCCGUGCCCUGCAAUUUCCUCUAUCCCCUGAAUAGUUGGAAUGACUCUUACCCUGUGCAUGGCUACUGGUUCCGGGAAGGGGCCAACGUAGCACAGGAUGAUCCAGUGGCCACAAACAACCCAAGUCGAAAAGUGCAGAAGGAGACCCAGGGUCGAUUCCGCCUCCUUGGAAACCCGCGGGACUACGACUGCUCCCUGGACAUCAGAGACGCACGGAGAAGGGACUCGGGGACAUACUUCUUUAGGGUGGAGAGAGGGCCUUCUGUGAGAUAUAAUUUCCUACAGAACCGGCUCUCUGUGCGUGUGACGGCUCUCACAAGGACACCUGACAUCCACAUCCAGGGGCCCCUAGAAUCUGGCCAGCCCAAGAACAUUACCUGUAGCGUGCCCUGGGCCUGUAAGAGGGGGACGCCGCCGACCUUCUCCUGGAUCGGGGAUGCCCUCACCUCCCUGGGCCACGGGACACACUUCUCCUCGGUGCUCACCCUCACCCCGGGGCCCCGGGACCACGGCACCGACCUCACCUGUCGAGUGACCUUCCCUGGAGCUAACGUGAGCACAGAGAGGACCAUCCAGUUCGACGUGUCCUAUGCUCCGCAGAACCUGAUCAUCCGCAUCUUCAGGGGAAAUAGCACAGUCCCAGAGGCCCUGGGCAAUGCCACCUCUCUGCGAGUUGAGGAGGGCCAGUCCCUACGCCUGGUCUGUGACACUGACAGCCACUUCCCCGCCAGGCUGAGCUGGUCCCGGGGAAGCCUGACCCUGAGCCCCUCCCAGCCUUCAGAUCCCGGGGUCCUAGUGCUGCCCCGGCUGGUCUUGGGGGAUGGAGGAGAAUUCACCUGCCGAGCUCAGCAUCCGUGGGGCUCCAACCACGUCUCCCUGAACCUAAUUGUGCAGGGAAUCUCCUGUUCCUGCCCCCCGAUAUCUGGGGAGCCGUGGAACACCUGGCCUCUUGUCCUCACCCUGCUCAGAGGGGCCCUCAUGGGGGCUGGCUUCCUUCUCACCUAUGGCCUCACCUGGAUCUAUUACACCAGGUUCAGAGGCUCCAAAGAGGAUAAGGCUGCAGGUUGUAAGUGAGCCCCCUUCCUCACCGUGAUGCCGAUGCCUGACGGCUGAAGAUCCAUCCAGCUAUCACAUCCCGAGACUCACCCUGGCACAGCUCUUGUGGAGCAAGGCGGUGCCGGAUGGCGUGGCCCUGCCCCUCUUCUCCAGAACUAAAGUCUCUUCACCUCCGCUGCCCGAGAAGCUUCCUGGUGGUUCUGCACCAAUGGCGGGAGAGGGCAAGUGAGGGGAUGGAUAAAGCUUUGUUAUUAUUAAUUUGAAUUAUGUAGCCCCUUUGUAACAUUUUGCUUCUACCUUAAUGUGGUUGGGAUAAGCCCAUAAUUCAACCCCAUACUAUAUUGUUAUAAAUCUCAUAAUAUUAUUAUUUUUAAAACAGCGAAUGUUAAAGAGAUCUUUUUUCUCUCUUU